AUGGAAGCUGUUGAAGAGGUCUACUACAAGUCUCUCCAAGUCCCCGACGAAGACUACUCCACACACAGUUACAAUGACCUCAUUGUCCACCUCAACGAACAGUAUGCAACCCUCACCAAUGAUGACCUUGACAACAACAUCGACCGCAUGAAUGCCAAAUGGACACCAACACAGCCCAUCGAACAGCUCUUCCACCAGAUCAACGAUGCCCGCUCCUUCGCACGCGACCAUGAUGCCAUCACUGAAAGAGACACCAUCCGCUCUGCCCUUAAAAAUCUGGAAAACAGCAGUUUCUUCACGUUAGCUCUCAAAGAAUAG